CACAAGGCAAAAGAUCGACCAGCACCCAAGUGGUGUGCUUGGCGUUCUCGUCCUGCAGGCCACCAUCCGAGCUCGUACAUGAUGAUGGCCACGUCUGCAUCCCCACACCUGUCGCCGUGCAACCAGUCGGGCACACCACCAUCGUCGCCGUGUAGCCCAAGCCGUUGCAGCAACGACGAUGUGUCGACCAGCAUGUUCCCGCCACGUCAACGCAAAGGUUCGUUGAAGCGGCCACUGGCCACCGAGUACGACAAAGUGCAACCAAGCGACUUGGAGAUGCUUAAAGUGAUUGGCCGUGGCACGUUUGCCCAGCAAGUGGCGCUCGCCAAAGACCGACAAACGUCCAACGUGUACGCUGUCAAGAGCUGCGACAAGCAAAACCUUGUCAAACGCAAGCAAGUUGUCCACACAUGGACCGAGAAACGAAUCCUAGAAAAGCUUCGUGGCCACCCGUUCAUCGUGACCCUCUUCUCGACGUUCUCGACGCCGGAUGAAAUCCAUUUUGUCCUCGAGUAUUGCCCCGGCGGCGAGUUGUUUUACCAUUUGCAUCAACAAGACCGGUUUGACGACGUCAGCGUACAGUUCUACGCCGCAGAAGUGCUCACCGCGCUGCAGUCACUGCAUUCUGCCAACAUUGUGUACCGCGAUUUGAAGCCCGAGAACGUGCUGCUGGAUGCUGGCGGGCACAUUCGGCUGGCUGAUUUCGGAUUCUGUAAAGACAUGGGGGAGUGCGACCGCACGUAUUCGUUUUGCGGCUCGCCCGAGUACUUAUCCCCUGAAAUGAUUCGACGCAGGGGGCACACCAUCGCAACUGAUAUGUGGUCGUUUGGCUGUUUUUGCUUUGAGCUGGCCAUGGGGUACCCACCGUUUCAAAUUCACAACGACGACCUGUCGGCGCUGUUUGAAUCGAUCCAGGCCGGGCGUGUGUAUUUCCCGCCGCAGCUUAACCCGACGUUUGUGUCGUUCCUGCAGCGGUGCCUUGACAUCAACGUACGGUCAAGCAUGGUUGCCUGAGUGAUGAAGUCACCUUUUUUCUUUUCCAUGCAGGCAAACACGCGCUUUACUGCCACGGAAGCCAUGGACCACCCAUUCUUCAAUGGCAUUAUGUGGUCGCAAGUGCUGGCGCGCCAACUCACGCCGCCGUUCGUCCCUCCAUCAAACGGGGUCGAAUGCACCCAGAAUUUCGACGACGACUUUACUUCAGAAAGCCCACGCAGCCCCACGCUGUUGGAGAUGAAGCAAAAGCGCCAUCAGCAGCACGUCCCGUGCGUUGUCCCUGAGUCGGUCGAUGUCUUUUGCGACUUUUGAUCAGUCGGUGUCGCUGCUCUAAGAAAUGAAUAGUAUUACUAGUAGUAACCUCAAUUUGCUAAUGAUUUAUGUUCGUUCC